AUCACAUACUGACACAUACACAUACGGUGCUCGCCGUGAAUGUUGUGUAUGUGACUAAAGUUAGUUAAACCGACGCCAAUAAAGAAAAUUCAAAUAGUUUUUCAUAAUGGCCAGUAAGAACAGCAAAAGAUUGUUUAAAUAUGUGUCUGAUGUUUCAGCACAGUGCUCCCGUAAUUAUGGCACUGCAAAGAGGGUGGUGGCGUCAAAACCCGUUGUUGAGAUGGAUGGUGAUGAGAUGACUCGCAUCAUUUGGGAAAAAAUCAAGGAGAAACUCAUCUUCCCCUAUGUCAAGUUGGACUGUGAAUACUACGACUUGGGGCUACCUCAUCGAGACGCUACCAAUGAUCAGGUCACCAUCGACGCAGCAAAUGCUGUACUGAAGCACAAUGUGGGCAUCAAGUGCGCCACCAUCACCCCCGACGAGCAGAGAGUUGAGGAGUUCAAACUGAAAAAGAUGUGGCUGAGUCCAAAUGGAACAAUCCGGAACAUUCUCGGGGGCACCGUGUUCCGCGAGCCGAUCCUGUGCAAGAGCAUCCCGCGGCUGGUGCCGGGCUGGACGCAGCCCAUCGUCAUCGGCCGCCACGCGCACGGCGACCAGUACAAAGCGCAGGACUUCGUGGUUCCGCAACCAGGGAAGGUGGAAUUAGUUUACACAACAAAUGACGGAAAAGUCACCAAGACCCUGCUAUACGACUUCAAAACCCCUGGCGUAGCGUUGGGAAUGUACAACAUCGACGAGUCCAUCAGAAGCUUCGCCCAUUCUAGUUUCCAGGUGGCGUUACAAAAGAAAUGGCCUCUUUAUUUAUCUACAAAAAACACCAUUCUGAAACGUUACGACGGCCGCUUCAAGGAUAUCUUCGAAGAAAUUUAUCAGAGUGACUACAAGAAACAGUUUGAAGAUGCAAAGAUUUGGUACGAGCACCGUCUGAUCGACGAUAUGGUGGCUCAAGCGAUCAAAAGCUCAGGCGGCUUUGUGUGGGCUUGCAAGAACUACGACGGAGAUGUGCAGUCAGACAUCGUCGCUCAGGGUUACGGUUCUCUGGGCAUGAUGACAUCAGUGCUGAUGUGUCCUGAUGGCAAGACUGUUGAGUCUGAAGCCGCUCAUGGUACCGUGACGCGGCACUACCGCAUGCACCAGCAAGGCAAGCCCACCUCUACCAACCCGGUGGCGUCAAUCUACGCGUGGACAAGAGGGCUCAUCCAUCGCGCCAAGCUAGACGGAACGCCCGAACUGGCGAGGUUCGCGCUUUCUCUUGAAGAGGUGAGGUUCAGAAACAGCAAACGUACUUGUCUACCAAUUUUGUUACAUAAGCUGACAUAA